AGUGUCGGAAAGGCAGGGUUUUCACUUUCAGUUCCGGCGACGAGGAGUUGGAAACUUCCCCAUUAGAAAGGAGAACACCCCAACUUCCGUAAGAACAAGAUUCAACAUUUUCAUCCACCGCUAUGUACUGGGUGGCGACGCGAAACGUUGUCUUUUUUCCCCGUUUUCGUUAUCUGGCUAUGCUCAUUGCCUUCCCUCCGUGCAACUACAGCUCCUCUACUCACUUGCCCGCGUUUUUUGAAAGGCAACGGCUUGAGAAAUUGCACUUUGCAAAAGGUAGAAAAUAUUCGAGAGGAAGCACCAAAGCUGCUAAGAAGUUUAAGGAUGACAAUAAUGUCCAGGAUGAUAAGUUCCUUUCGCAUAUUUUUUGGUGGAAAGAGACAGUGGAGUCAUGCAAGAAGCCAUCAUCUGUCCAGUUGGUUAAGAGGCUUGUCUUUUCCAAUUUGCUAGGUGUAGAUGUUAACCUGAAAAAUGGGAGUCUUAAAGAAGGAACUCUCAACUGGGAGAUGUUACAGUUCAAGGCAAAGUUUCCUCGAGAAGUUUUGCUUUGUAGAGUUGGAGAUUUUUACGAAGCAAUUGGAAUAGAUGCUUGCAUACUUGUUGAAUAURCUGGUCUAAAUCCUUUUGGAGGUCAGCGUAUGGACAGCAUUCCAAAAGCUGGUUGCCCUGUUGUGAACCUUCGUCAAACUUUGGAUGAUCUAACACGUAAUGGGUUUUCAGUGUGCAUAGUGGAAGAAGUUCAGGGCCCAAUGCAGGCUCGUUCUCGCAAAGGACGUUUUAUAUCUGGGCAUGCACACCCAGGCAGUCCUUAUGUGUUUGGGCUUGUUGGAGUUGAUCACGAUCUUGACUUCCCAGAACCUAUGCCUGUGGUUGGAAUAUCUCGAUCUGCAAGGGGCUACUGCAUAAGCUUUGUCCUAGAGACCAUGAAGACAUUUUCAUCAGAGGAUGGUUUGACAGAGGAGGCCUUGGUUACUAAACUGCGCACUUGUCAAUAUCAUCAUUUGUUUCUUCACACUUCAUUAAGGAAUAACUCCUCAGGCACUUUUCGCUGGGGUGAAUUUGGUGAGGGUGGCCGGCUAUGGGGAGAAUGUAAUUCCAGACACUUUGAAUGGUUCAAUGGGAAUCCUGUUACUGAUCUUUUGUCAAAGGUCAAAGAGCUUUAUGGCCUUGAUGAUGAAGUUACAUUUAGGAAUGUAACAAUAUCAUCAGAGAAUAGGCCACAUCCAUUAACACUAGGAACUGCAACACAAAUUGGUGCCAUACCAACAGAGGGAAUACCUUGUUUGUUGAGGGUGUUGCUUCCAUCAAAUUGUGCUGGCCUUCCUGCAUUGUAUACUAGGGAUCUUCUUCUCAAUCCUCCUUCGAAUGAGAUUGCGACUACUAUUCAAGCAACAUGCAGGCUUAUGAGCAAUGUUACAUGUGCAAUUCCAGACUUCACUUGCUUUCCGCCAGCAAAGCUUGUGAAGUUAUUGGAAAUGAGGGAGGCCAAUCAUAUUGAAUUCUGUAGAAUGAAGAAUGUACUUGAUGAAAUAUUACACAUGCAUAGAAAUUGCGAGCUAAACAAUAUCCUGAAAUUAUUGAUGGAUCCUACAUCUGUGGCAACUGGGUUGAAAACUAACUUUGAUACGUUUGUCAACGAAUGUGAAUGGGCUUCCAGUAGAGUGGGCGAAAUGAUUUUUCUGGAGAGUGAAAGUGAAAGCGAUCAGAAAAUCAGUUCUUAUUCUAUCAUUCCCAAUGAUUUUUUUGAGGAUAUGGAAUCUUCUUGGAAAGGGCGUGUGAAGAAGAUUCACAUUGAAGAAGUAUAUAAAGAAGUGGAAAGGGCAGCUGAAGCACUAUCCCUUGCAGUCACUGAAGAUUUUGCGCCAAUCAUUGCAAGAAUCAAGGCUACUACAGCACCGCUGGGAGGUCCAAAGGGAGAAAUAUUGUAUGCUCGGGAGCAGCAAUCUGUCUGGUUCAAAGGAAGACGGUUUGCACCAGCUGUAUGGGCUGGAAGUCCUGGAGAAGAAGAAAUUAAACAAUUGAAACCUGCUUUUGAUUCAAAGGGAAAAAAGGUUGGGGAGGAGUGGUUUACCACAAAUAAGGUGGAGGAUGCUUUAACAAGGUAUCAAGAGGCCAAUGCCAAAGCAAAAGCAAGAGUAGUGGAAUUGCUGAGACAACUUUCUUCUGAAUUGCUAGCUAAAAUUAACAUCCUUAUCUUUGCUUCCAUGUUACUCAUUAUUUCCAAGGCAUUAUUUGCUCACGUGAGUGAAGGGAGGAGGAGGAAAUGGGUUUUUCCUACACUUACGGCACCCAAUGAUAGGUCCAAGGGAAUGAAAUCAUCGGAGGAGAAAGUUGGGAUGAAGCUAGUUGGACUAUCACCCUAUUGGUUCGAUGUCGUAGAAGGCAAUGCCGUGCAGAAUACUAUUGAGAUGGAAUCAUUAUUUCUUUUGACCGGUCCAAAUGGGGGUGGAAAGUCUAGUUUGCUUCGAUCCAUUUGUGCUGCUGCUUUGCUUGGGAUAUGUGGAUUUAUGGUGCCAGCAGAGUCGGCCCUGAUUCCAUACUUCGAUUCAAUUAUGCUACAUAUGAAAUCUUAUGAUAGUCCUGCCGAUGGAAAAAGUUCUUUUCAGGUCGAAAUGUCGGAGAUGAGAUCCAUUGUCAGUAGAGUAUCGGAAAGAAGUCUUGUACUUAUAGAUGAAAUUUGUCGUGGAACAGAAACCGCAAAAGGCACUUGUAUUGCUGGGAGCAUUAUUGAAGCUCUUGAUGAAGUAGGUUGUCUUGGUAUUGUCUCCACUCACUUGCAUGGAAUAUUUGAUUUGCCUUUAGAUACCAAGAACACUGUGUACAAAGCAAUGGGAACCGUUUAUGCGGAUGGACGAACAAUCCCCACGUGGAAGUUGAUCGAUGGAAUAUGUAGAGAGAGCCUUGCGUUUGAAACAGCAAAGAAGGAAGGAAUCCCUGAAGAUAUAAUUCAGAGAGCUGAAGACUUGUAUCUCUCAAAUUAUGCUAAAGAAGGGAUUUCAGGAAAAGAGAAGACGGAUUUGAACUUUUUUGUUUCUUCUCACGCAAGUCUUAAUGGCAAUGGAAAAUCCCCUCCCCAGUCAAGAGGUGGCCAGCAAAAAACAGAGACAAAUGAUAAAACAGGGGUCUUGUGGAAGAAAAUUGAGGCUGCUAUUACUGCAAUAUGCCAAAAGAAGCUGAUAGAGUACCAUAAGGAUAAAAACACAUCAAAAGUUGCUGAAAUUCAGUGUGUCCUGAUUGAUAUCAGAGAGAAGCCACCUCCAUCGACGAUUGGUGCUUCGAGCGUUUAUGUAAUUCUUAGACCGGACUGUAAACUCUAUGUUGGACAGACUGAUGAUCUGGAGGGUCGAGUCCAUUCACAUCGUUUGAAAGAAGGAAUGCGGGAUGCCUCAUUCCUUUACUUCAUGGUCCCGGGGAAGAGCUUGGCUUGCCAACUCGAAACGCUUCUCAUCAAUCGGCUUCCUGAUCAUGGCUUUCAACUAACAAAUGUUGCUGAUGGAAAGCAUCGAAAUUUCGGGACAUCCAAUCUCUUAUCAAAUAAUGUGACUGUCUGUUCAUGAUUCAACAAUCUUUGUUUUAGUAUGUCAUAUAAAUUGGUCAGGCAAUCUGAUGAAAGCGAAAAGUCAGCGAUGCUCCUGAUGAUUGUAUAUUAUAGAUUCAAGAAAUGACAAGUUGUACUAGAAUGAACUCAGGCUGCAGUUUCCUUUUUGUUAAUCCUCUGCAGUUGUAACUUUAUAAUUUACUCCAGCAGAUGAGAUUAAAAUUUUGAUGCAGGAAA